CUCAAAAGCAGCAGAGGGACCACACCACGCAGGCGCAAAAAAGCACGCACACGUGCACGUACCAGUCUUGCUUCCGGGAAACGCGCAGGCGCACCAGCGCUACAGUAUCCGGCCUGGGACACCACCGGCUGCAGAGCGCCUGCGCCGUGCCGAGGAGGGUUAUGGGGAUGGCGCAGGCGCAUUGAGGCUCCGGCCACUACCGGAGCGUAAACAAGGCACUUCUGAGAGGGAUGAAGAGGCGGCCGGAGCCGAGCGAGGCCGGGAGUCGUCGAGGCUGAGCCUCCGCCCUGCCCUGCCCUUCCCGCCGGCCGGCCGGCCGGGGAUAGGGGGACACCCGCGAGGGAGCGCCAUGAACUUGGCUAGUCAGAGCGGCGAGGCCGGCGCCGGCCAACUCCUCUUCGCCAACUUCAACCAGGACAACACGUCCUUAGCUGUUGGCAGCAAAUCAGGUUACAAAUUCUUCUCUCUUUCUUCUGUGGAUAAACUGGAGCAGAUCUAUGAAUGCACUGACACAGAAGAUGUGUGUAUUGUGGAGAGGCUCUUUUCCAGUAGCUUGGUGGCCAUAGUGAGCCUCAAAGCCCCCCGCAAGCUGAAAGUUUGUCACUUCAAGAAGGGGACAGAGAUCUGCAACUACAGCUAUUCCAAUACAAUCCUGGCUGUCAAGCUUAACAGGCAGAGAUUGAUAGUAUGCUUAGAAGAGUCUCUGUACAUUCAUAACAUACGGGACAUGAAGGUGUUGCAUACCAUCAGGGAGACACCCCCCAACCCUGCAGGUUUGUGUGCGCUGUCCAUAAACAAUGACAACUGCUAUCUGGCCUACCCAGGGAGUGCAACCAUUGGGGAAGUGCAGGUCUUUGACACCAUCAAUCUGAGAGCUGCUAAUAUGAUCCCUGCUCAUGACAGUCCUUUGGCUGCGCUGGCUUUCGAUGCAAGCGGCACAAAACUGGCCACGGCGUCGGAAAAGGGGACAGUGAUCCGGGUAUUUUCCAUUCCAGAGGGACAGAAACUCUUUGAAUUCCGAAGGGGUGUGAAGAGGUGUGUCAGCAUCUCCUCUUUGGCCUUCAGCAUGGAUGGGAUGUUUCUGUCUGCAUCCAGCAACACAGAGACCGUCCACAUCUUCAAAUUAGAAACUGUGAAAGAGAAACCUCAGGAGGAGCCCACAACUUGGACAGGUUACUUUGGGAAAGUCCUGAUGGUUUCCACAAAUUACCUGCCUGCCCAGGUCACAGAAAUGUUCAACCAAGGCCGAGCCUUUGCAACUGUCCGCCUCCCCUUCUGUGGGCACAAAAACAUCUGUGCAUUGGCCACAAUUCAAAAGAUCCCCCGGCUUCUGGUGGGAGCUGCUGAUGGGUAUCUCUAUAUGUACAACCUGGACCCGCAGGAAGGAGGCGAAUGCACGCUGAUGAAACAGCACAAGUUGGAUGGCAGCAUGGAGCCAGCCAAUGAAAUUCUAGAAUCUGCGACAAAUGACCGGCCCUUAGUAGCACAGACUUACAGUGCUGCUGUGACUAAAGGUACUUAUGUGCCACCUUCGCCUACGAGGCACGCCUACACUGAAGAUUUGGGAGCAGUUGGUGGAGCUUGCCUAGAAGAAGACGCCAGUGCCCUGCGCCUGGAUGAAGACAGCGAGCAUCCCCCUAUGAUCCUUCGAACUGACUGAACUUUGACCUGUGAACUCCGCUCCUGUAGCCAAGAACGCUGGCCUGACAUCUCCUGAGGAGUCUUGUGUCUUUGGCCUGAGUUGAGAGCAAGAGGGACGAUGACAGAUUCUAAAAUAGUUUUAAAACACACACAGUAACCAUGGUAGCCGUAGUGCCAAUUUGAUGCCAUGGGGCUGGGCUGGGGAAUCCUGCUUUAUCUUUUAGCUGUGAGGAUAUAUUUUUUGUUACUGUUGCCAAAACCUGCUGCUGUUUGUGCAGCCUUGGGCACCUUCUAGCUUUGCAUGCUGCUUUGUGCCAAGCAAGCACAUCUCGUUACCACAAAAAGUUUGCAGUUUUUUUAAAAGAAGAGAAAAACAUGUAUAUAAAUUGCACUUGGCAGCUGCGAGGGCAAGAGCAGCAAAGUUUGCUUCUGGGUGCUUUGGCUUACUCUGCUCAGACAACGAUUCCAAGUGGUUUCUUGUGCAUGGGCUUGCAGGUGCAUCUGGUGGCUUGACAUGCAACUUUUAGAAAUGUGCAGCAUUUUCUUUUUCUUGAGUUCUUUUCCAUCGCUGCCACCCCUUUCACAGUUUAUUCCCUUCUUUCUCUCCCCCCCUUUUUUUUCCUGGACCAUUUUGUUAAUUAAAACUCCUUCUAAAUGCUGCCUUGCUUGUGGGACUAUUGUGUUCUCUUAAACAAAGGGAAGGUGCCUCUUCUCCGGAUCUUGCUGCUUCCUCUCUCAAGGAGAUGAAAUAGAGAGAGUAACUAAUACAGGCGAGAGUUGCUUUGGAAGCAAAAGAGCUACAAGGCAGGGAAAUCUCUCUCUUUUGCCCCAUUGUCAGCAAGCACAGCCAACAUGUUGCAUUUUAGUUGUGUUGGCCAGUUUAACUCAGAAAGCACUUUCUUCCUUCGGUCCUUUUUGCCUAGUCAAAGUCUGACUGUCCAUCUUGCUUUAAUCCUUCAAAGGCUCAUGUCCUGCUUGCUCAUAAAUAGGUGGAGCUCCCUUCAGAAUCUGUCAGCCCCAGUCUGGGCUUUCCCCCCCCCUUCAGUUGGCCAUACUCUGAGCUUUUCUUGAGUUCUUCCAGGGUGGAGUGACACAGUUAUGAGAAGCACAGAGCUACUGUUGAAAUCGGCAGCCCUGCGGCUGGUACUCUCGCUCUAUAACAUGCAGCGAAGCUUUCUCUGUGCCAUGCCGUGUCGCCGCCCCCCACUUCCUCCUACUCCUCUGCAUUGGCUGCUGCUGGCAAGGCCAAGGAAAUGGGCAAUGUGGUGACGCUGAAACGAGCGGCUUCUGCCGUGUGUGCUAGAGAGGGAGCCCUGUGACCCUCAUACUGUGUGGCUGUCUUCUUCCUCAGCAAUCUGGCUACAGAACUGAAUGGCCGCAUGCACCCGUGUCUUGGUUGUCAUCCCUGGGCUCCCAGUCUCUGAGGGCUUGCAACCUCCUCUCCUGAGCUCUUCUGUGGCAUGUGUUGUGCAACCUCCCACCUCCAACAGCUUGAGUGGUAGUUCUGCUGUCAUGAAGAGGACGGGUCUUUAUGGAACUGCUGGGACUCACAAAAGAGUGACCAAAGUUGGGCAUAACUGCCACCCUCAGAAUUGUAAUGUGCCUUUUUUGUUUUUAACCUUUUAGAUUUGUUUCAGUGAGAAAACAAUUAUUUGUAAACCCUUUGGGUGUGAACCUCUUGUUUUCCUUAGACUGUUAGGCACCUUUUUUUUUUUGAUUAAAUUAUUACUCUGUC